AUGAAUAAGAACGUUCCCAAACAAAGAGACGUACCACUGAAAGACAUCGUUGAUCAGCCGGUGACAGGUGGUGCUACUAACGAAGCAUUUGAUCCAGAAAAUGGCAGGGAUGCAUGUGUACCAGGACUAGCAAACCUCAUCACAGUUGAAGACGUACAGGGGUUUCUAAUCGACAAUGACCUCCAAGAGUGUGCAAGGGCAUUUAGGGAGAACGACGUAGACGGAAAGGCACUGCGCCAUCUUGAUGACGCAAUGAUGAAGGACCUUGUUCCUAUGGUUUCGUCGAAUUCACCGAUUUCGACCCUGAACUUUUGGGAAAUCCCUCGGUCCAGUCUGAACCUGAGCAGGCGGAUCGGUAGGGGACAGUUCGGGGAAGUUCGCCUCGGAGAAGUCCGUAACCGAGGAGUGACAACCACUGUGGCUGUCAAGACUUUAAGAGACUCUGCAUCUGAUGGUAACAAGAAAGACCUGCUGGGAGAACUGGAGAUCCUGGUGACUGUUGGUCGUCAUGACAACAUCAUCUCCCUGGUUGGAGCGUGCACAAAAGGAGGGCCUUUCAUGGUAGUGGUUGAGUACGCCCCUAACGGCUGCCUGAAAGACUGGCUGAAGACCAACUCGGUUGAGGCCAUGAGAAACAACUCGGAGAACCAAAACCAGCCUCUUCCAGUUAUGGACCUGGAACAGCUCAUCCAGUUUGGCAUCGAUGUAGCCGCUGGAAUGAGCCACCUUGCAGCCGUGCAGUGUGUUCACCGUGACCUUGCAGCAAGGAACAUCCUACUUGGAAAGAACCUGGUGGCCAAGGUGUCUGAUUUUGGACUGUCCAGGGACAUCUAUGAAAGUGAAGAGUACGUAAAGACUACAAAGACCAAGCUCCCGUUGCGGUGGAUGGCCUAUGAGUCACUGUUCUACAACGUUUACACAACUCAGAGUGACGUCUGGUCGUUUGGUGUUCUUUUGUGGGAGAUUAUGAGUAUGGGACAUCUGCCAUACGGGGGGAUGAAGGGUAAACAGAUGAUGAACAUGAUCAAAGAUGGCGGCCGGCUGGAGAAGCCGCUGUACUGCCCGGAUGAACUCUUCGCCUUGAUGGAAGACUGCUGGACGAUUCUGCCAGAAGACAGACCGACCUUCCCACAACUGAAAACCAACCUGGACAGGAUCAUUCAAGCACACAAGGUAACAGUCUGUUGA